CCGCCGCCUAUAGGGCUGGCAGGUGUCACAUGGAACGCCCAAGGACUUAUCGACCGAGGAUUAUUGGUGCUUUGUCGGCUUAUCUGUACACUCUGUACCUACCAAAACACACCGGUCACCCCGUAUCCCGCAAACACACCCAUGUCCGACGAGGAUAUUUACGAUGCGUCCCCUCCACGAGCCAGAAACCUGGAGGUGAGGAACAAGGGCAAACGGGUCUCAGACAGCCAUGAAGGCCCCUCGGCAACAAGGCGGCGUAUCAGGGACCCAUCGCCGCCCAACCCGGAUGCAAAUGGCGAUUUGGACGAGUACGAUCCUGCCCAAUCCAUGCAGGAGCGGCGGCAGAUUCAGAGGAAGCUACGAGAUAUGCAGAGGGAAAUGAGAGAGAACCCCGACCAGUUCAUGCAGGACAAGUCCUCGGACGCCUUGAUCAACUAUUUCGACCAGUCAGACACUAUUAUGCGCGAUGUGAAGCAGACCAACGAGGCCGCCAUUGAUUCUCGCGGUCUAGUCUUCGCUGCCGACUUGUCCGCUCGCAGGGUCCAACGGCUAACAUCGGGCAACAUUGGCAAUGGCAUUGAUGUCGACGAAUUUGUCUCAAAAUGCAUCACCUAUAUGCGUCAUGGCCGCGGCUUCGAGGACGACGACGCCCCGGAACUUACCAGCACACAACGUCACAGGAGGCGACGGCCUGGCCGUGCUGCUGCCGAUACUGAAGAUGAGGAGGAUAUGGGGGACGAAGGCGAUAUGUUGAACUGGCCACACCUGGGCCGUUAUGCUGCCGUUCCCAGCGUACGCAGACCAGCUCUGCCUGGCUUCCUCUCGGGCCCUCUGUCCAUCGAAAAAAAAGUCCGAAGAAUGACGCAGCGCAACGCCCCCUUCAAGAUCAACAGCCUUAUCGAGGUGAGACCGCAGGAGUUGAGGGCCGAGGACUUGAAAAAGUCCGAUAAGAACGACCUUCCGUCCAUUUGUAAGAAUAUUCUGGAGCAACUGGAGAACAAACAGAACGCUGCGCAAGAUGCCGUGGAAUCCCUCCUCAAUAACGGUGAGGUGGACGAUCCCGAGCAAGAAUUCCUCAUCAUGGAGAAAUACGCGCUGCAUUCCUCAGGAGGCAUUGACCUUCUACGCUUCGUCAUUAAUCCCCGCUCAUUCGGUCAAACCGUUGAAAACAUGUUCUACGUGAGCUUUCUGCUACGAGAAGGGGGCCUCAAACUGGAGUUUGACUCAUAUGGUCGUCCAUCUCUAUCCGCCCAUGUCCACGCAGACGAGCAUGAAAAGGCUCAAGGAAGACACGGCACUACUAGACAUCAGGCUAUCAUGUCGAUCGAUAUGGAUAUCUGGAAAGACAUCAUAGACGCUUACAACAUCAAAGAACCCAUGAUUGAUCACCGAGAGGAGGAAAGCCAGCAAGGCCCAGGGGCGCAAGGAUGGUAUAGCUAA